AUGAUUAGAGCUACUCGAAUUAGAACUGGUGCGGUGAAAACGACGCGUCUCGUUCGCGGAAUCGCCUGGUUCUUCGAGAAAUGGUCUCAUUUCGUUGCGAACAAUGCCAUCGCACUUAUCGUCAUUUGUGUGGUUCUCACGUUGAUCGGAACUUUCAAGGUGGCCACGACACCAAAUGAAAAUGACAUCACCGGAUAUACACCGUACGGGGCGAGAGCCAGGGAUGAGUUCGAUGUAAUGACUGAUUUCUUUGCUCACAAUGGAAAUGGAAUUGCAAUGUUCGUCCUGAUCCUUCCGACUCGUCAUGAGAGUGUCCUCCAUCCGGAUGUCCUCCGAGAAGCUCUUCGUCUAGAAAAUAUUCUUUCUUCAAAUUUUACAAUGCCCACUGCUGAGGGAAAACAUCAAAACUAUCAGGAGUUCUGCACGAAUUUCUGUCAGAUCAACGAACCAUUUGUCCAGUUUGCAAGAAGCUACCUAACCGAGUUGGACAACUCAAAGAAUGGAACUGAUCUAUCUGAAAGGAUCUCUCUGAACUACCCUAUCACCAGUAUCUAUUCCAGAAAAAUGAGCAUUCAACCCAACUUUUUUGGAAUUGAAAUGAUGAAUGAGACCGCUAAAGCAAUUACUAAUAUCAGAUCAUCAAAGUUGAUCGCUCUGCAACUCCGCUCGGAACGAAAGGAGGGGUGGAAUAGUCAAGGAAUCAAGGAUUUCGAGAUGUCCAUCACGAAUUACUUUGAGAAAGAAUUCAAAUCUCCUGAAAUUCGAGUUCUCACCCUUUCCACAUCAUACGUGGAAGCAGAAGUUGUUCGUGCUGGAAUGUCUCUUCUUCCAUUCUUGGUCGUUGGUUUUGUGAUCAUGGCUAUAGUCUCAUCGGUGACUACAUUCUUCUCUGCUCUCUACAUGAACCAAGUUUCUAUUCAUAAGUUCUCCCUCGCCAUCGCCGCCUGCAUCUGCCCCUUCAUGGCAUGUGGAACUGCUCUUGGAGCCUUAUUCUUUUGUGGAGUCCGUUUUGGAUCCAUCCUCUGUGUUACUCCAUUUCUAGUCCUUGCCAUUGGAGUAGACGACGCCUAUCUUAUGAUUCAUUCCUGGCAAAGAGUCACCGCAGAACGAAGGAAACAUGCAGUGGAAGGCGAUUCUCCAGGAAGUCGUCUCUCAGAAGUUCUCGUCGAUACGGGACCGGCUAUUCUGAUCUCGGCACUCACGAAUAUCUUCGCUGACGUGGCUGGUUGUUUUACUUCGAGUCCUGAAAUCUCUCUGCUCGGAUAUGGAAAUAUGGCUUGUAUUUUCUGUGAUUUCUUAUAUCAAAUUACUUUUUAUUCGGCUAUCAUGACGAUUACUGGAUACUUCGAAAUGAAAGAUGAAGCACAGAAGAGACAUAUCAAGACGAUUGCAUGUGGUGCUGAAAAUGAUGAUUCCAGUUGUACGAGCUCCUCGGUUGAAAGUUUCGAUGUUGUAGUCAAGAGAAGAGUGGCAACAUUCCUGGAAACCUACAUUUCUCUUCUCACCAAUGCGUUCUUCCAACUUCUGGUCAUCCUCACUUGGAUCGUUUUUCUCGUUAUUUCUAUUUAUGGAAUCACCAUAAUGAAUAUCAACUUGAGUCCCCGAAAGCUUUUUAUGGAGGACUCGAGUCUUCGUGAAAUGGACGAUUUGAGAGUAAAAUACGUGGUUCCUAACUACUAUUUGGCUAAUGUUUUUGUCAGAAAUCCGGGAGAUUUGACAGAUGGAAAACGAUUGGAGAGAUUAAACAAUUUUGUGGACGAAAUGGAGCAUUUGAAUGGAAGUUGGGGAGCACUUGGAACCAAUUAUUUUGUUCGAGAUUUCAUUGAUUUCCAAGCAGCAAUGAAUGAAGAAGAGGAGUUGGAAGGAGGAGAAGAGGAGAAGUCAAUUGUGAAGAGAGGAGGAAUUGAUAUGAAUAACCUUCCAAUGUUCUUGGAAUGGCCAGAGUAUCUUUUCUGGAAGGGAUUCGUACAGUAUCACAGUGAUAGCAAUCAUACCGUACUUGACCGAUUCUUUAUCACAUUUGCAAUUCACGGGAAGAACCUACAAGAGUGGCCAGCAAGAGGAGAUGCGUUGAGGGAAUGGAGAAAAGUUGUCGAUAAGUAUAGCUCUGAAUUCGGACUCUCCGUGUUUUCUGACGAUGGAAUCUACGUGGAUCUCAUUGAGAAUAUGCCAACUGACGCGUGGCAAUCAGCAGUUGCUACGUUGGCUUGCAUGGCAUUUAUCUGUUUUGUGUUCAUGUAUGAUGUUCCUACUGUCAUUGUGGCAACUUCUAUUAUUGCGAGUAUUAUGACAGGAAUUCUCGGAAUCCUCUCCCUUACUGGAACGGAUCUUGACCCAAUCGUUAUGUCUGCCUUGAUCAUUUCUAUCGGAUUUUCUGUGGAUAUCCCCGCCCACAUUUCUUAUCAUUAUCACACGUCUUCAUCUGAAAAUGGAAUCAGAGACCGUCUACAUCAGACAUUGUCCUCGGUUGGGUUCCCAGCCCUUCAAGCUUCAUUCUCCACUUCAUUAUGUGUGCUGGCGCUGAAAUGUUCUUCAAUUUACAUGUCGAAUGCAUUCGUCAAGACUAUGAUCACCUGUAUGAUACUCUGCGUGUUCCAUGCUCUCGUCCUCCUCCCAACUCUCUUUGCAAUUUUCAGCCGAAUAUUCUCAGUAUUCCACGUGAAAACAUCUCCAAUUGAAUCGAAAUGA